UAGUUGUUGCGUCAAAGAAAUGAAUAAAUAUUUGUUUAUGGGAAGUUUCAAUUGGCUCCUUUAACAAUGCCAGUGAAGACUUUCUAUGUCUCAGCCAUGUGAGAUAUGCCUCGGUUCCUGAGCUUCCUAUUGCCAGAUUCUUUUUCCUCUCUCUCUUCAUAUUUAAGAUAUCAUCAGUAUUCCGUUGCGUGUACUGAGAAUUUCAUUUCUCUCUCUCUCUCUCUCUCUGUGUAUACAGAUGUUAAUUUGUGAAAAGAAUCCCCAAGGAAAAAGAUGGGGUGCAUUUAUUCUGUGUACGGAGUUGGGAAGAAGAAGAAGUUGAGUAUCCCAGAAGUGGUUGUAUUUGUUCCUUGCAUGAGAAUUCCAGCACAAUGUGAUCUUCAAAGAGCGCUCGAUGGCCGAAUACCUCGCGAUGUUAUCAACAGAUUAUCUUGUCUAAGGAACCGGAUUGUGUUGGUUGCAGAGGACACUGGUGGAUCCGCGAUUACCGAACUGCAGCAGGCACUGGAAGAGUACUUGUCAAUUCUAGUUGGACUUGCUAAGAAAGAACAUGGUCUUGAGGACAUGGUGGAAUUCAAGUGGAAAAAUUUAGAAGAUGAAAGACAAGAGACUAGUGUAGCAAAUGUCUGGUUUGAAUUGUUUUCAGUUGUUCACAUGAUGGCUAUGCUCACAUUAACCGAGUCUAACACACUUAUGAUCCCCAAGGAUUAUUCUGGUUCUGGCUUUCGGGUCUUUUCUACAGAUUGUAAGAGAGAUGCAGUUGAUUUAUUGCUCAAGGCUGCAGGGUACCUAGAAUUUUGUGUCCGGAACGUUCUCUGUCGUAUACCACCAGAAAUCAAGCAAAGUAUGUCAAAAGAUUUGCAGGAUGGUGUACUAGAAGCUAUUUCCAUCCAAGCAUUAGGCCAGGGAACCGAAAUACAGCUUGGUUUAGCUAUUGAAAGUCAAAAGGCUACUUUAUCAGUGAAGAGGAGGCUGGCCUGUGAACUGCUGAUAUAUUACAGUCAGGCUUAUCAAUACUUGUCUGGAUGUGACUUGAGCCAUGGAUAUGGGAAGAAACAUAUGUGGUUCAUCAAAUGGAAAUUCGUAGAAGCAAAGGCUGCUGCUUAUUACUACCAUGGUCUGGUUCUCGACAAGGGUAGCGAACCGACCUGUCAUAUUAGUGCCGUAUGUUGUUUCCUAGCUGCACAAGAACUACUGGUAGAGAGCAAGAAAGCCUGCAUAAGCUUUUGCCUUGCAACUCCUGUAACCAGAGCACCUCCACUUUGGGGAGCUAUGAAGCAUUUACAUCAGAAAAUACCUGAGGUUGCAUCGAGGAAGUCACAGAUGUAUGGCUACCUCUUAGAAGAAGAGAAGGCACUCCAAACAUUACCUGAACUACCAGAUUUCCAACUAUCACUGAGACCUGAUGACUAUGAAUUACCUGCAAUGGAUCCUGCCUGGGAUUCUGAAAACUGCGAAAAACAGGGCCAGCCCCUGAAGGAGCAUCUCAAAGACAGUGAAGAUGAAAUUGAAACAGAAUGAAAUCAUUUUAUUUACAGACUUUUUCUUCUCAUUGUACCUCUUAUACAAGCUUUACCUUAUACACAAAGACAGAUAGUCACAAGCGGUGAAUGAUUGUUAACAGUGUUACUUUCAUAUUGAUCAUCAGAAUUGGCAUUGUGCCCCAUUGUUGGCGAACCUUAUAAACCAGGUGUUUAAAAUCAAUAGAAUUAGACUGCUUUGUUCCAA